ACUGCAGGUGGUCCGCCAUCGCUGUAUGAACGGCUAUCGGGCUUGGCGUUUGGCUGUCAACAAUAAACUUGUGGAGCCGGGACGCGGAGCUACGAGGUCGACUGAAAGCUCGUCGGCUGCUCCAUAAACCAGUAGUCCCUCCCCGGAGAACACUUUCAUGUGAAUUCAGAGCCCACGGAAGACGCAACCAUGUCCAAUCUCAGCAAAGGCGGCACCAAGAAGGACACCAAAAUGAGGAUACGGGCCUUUCCUAUGACAAUGGAUGAAAAGUAUGUCAACAACAUCUGGGACCUGCUGAAGAAUGCCAUCCAGGAGAUUCAGAGGAAGAAUAACAGCGGUCUGAGUUUUGAGGAACUUUACAGGAAUGCCUACACGAUGGUGCUCCACAAGCACGGAGAGAAGCUGUACACGGGCCUGCGGGAGGUCGUCACUGAACACCUCAUCAACAAAGUACGAGAAGAUGUCCUCAACUCCCUAAACAACAAUUUCCUACAAACCCUAAAUCAGGCCUGGAACGACCACCAGACGGCGAUGGUGAUGAUCAGAGACAUUCUGAUGUACAUGGACCGCGUGUACGUACAGCAGAAUAACGUAGAGAACGUCUACAACCUGGGGCUCAUCAUCUUUCGGGACCAGGUGGUCCGUUACGGCUGCAUCAGAGACCACCUCCGACAGACCCUGCUCGACAUGAUCGCGCGAGAACGGAAGGGGGAGGUGGUGGACAGGGGGGCCAUUAGAAAUGCCUGCCAAAUGUUAAUGAUCCUCGGCCUCGAAGGGAGAUCUGUUUAUGAAGAAGACUUUGAAGCACCAUUCUUAGAAAUGUCUGCAGAAUUUUUCCAGAUGGAAAGCCAAAAGUUCCUAGCAGAAAACAGUGCCAGUGUGUACAUAAAGAAGGUGGAAGCUCGGAUCAAUGAGGAGAUCGAGCGGGUAAUGCACUGCUUGGAUAAAUCCACAGAAGAGCCGAUUGUCAAGGUGGUGGAGCGAGAGCUCAUCUCCAAACACAUGAAGACCAUAGUGGAGAUGGAGAACUCGGGCCUGGUCCACAUGCUCAAGAACGGCAAAACAGACGAUUUGGCGUGCAUGUACAAGCUGUUCAGCCGGGUUCCCAAUGGACUGAAGACCAUGUGCGAAUGUAUGAGCUCGUACCUGCGGGAGCAAGGCAAGGCUCUCGUGUCAGAGGAGGGAGAAGGAAAGAACCCCGUCGACUACAUCCAGGGUUUGCUGGACCUGAAGUCCCGUUUCGACCGAUUCCUCCAGGAGUCCUUCAACAACGACCGGCUCUUCAAGCAAACCAUUGCAGGCGACUUUGAAUAUUUCCUGAACCUCAACUCCCGCUCACCUGAGUACCUCUCGCUGUUCAUUGAUGACAAACUGAAGAAGGGGGUAAAAGGGCUGACGGAGCAGGAGGUGGAGUCCAUACUGGACAAAGCCAUGGUGCUCUUCCGCUUCAUGCAGGAGAAGGACGUGUUCGAGAGGUAUUACAAGCAGCACCUGGCUCGCAGGCUGCUCACCAACAAGAGCGUCUCUGACGACUCCGAAAAGAACAUGAUCUCAAAGCUCAAGACCGAAUGCGGCUGUCAGUUCACGUCUAAACUGGAAGGCAUGUUCCGGGAUAUGAGCAUCUCCAACACCACCAUGGACGAGUUCCGACAACAUCUACAGACAACCGGGGUGUCGCUGGGAGGAGUUGAUCUCACUGUGAGAGUCCUGACCACGGGAUACUGGCCAACACAAUCAGCAACACCCAAGUGCAAUAUCCCCCCAUCACCACGACAUGCAUUUGAAGUCUUUAGGAGGUUUUACCUCGGAAAGCACAGCGGGAGACAACUCACCCUGCAGCACCAUAUGGGGUCUGCAGAUCUAAAUGCCACCUUCUACGGGCCAAUCAAAAAGGAGGACGGGUCAGAGGUCGGAGUGGGAGGGGCUCAAGUGACGGGCUCCAACACCAGGAAGCACAUCCUGCAGGUCUCCACCUUCCAGAUGACCAUCCUCAUGCUCUUUAACAACAGAGAGAAGUCCACCUUUGAGGAGAUCCAGCAGGAGACGGACAUCCCGGAGAGGGAGCUGGUGCGAGCGCUGCAGUCUCUGGCCUGCGGGAAGCCCACGCAGAGAGUCCUCACCAAGGAGCCCAAGUCCAAGGAGAUCGAAAACGGCCAUGUGUUUACAGUCAAUGACCAGUUUACCUCCAAGCUGCAUCGUGUCAAAAUCCAGACAGUGGCUGCUAAACAAGGGGAGUCGGAUCCAGAGAGGAAGGAGACACGGCAGAAAGUGGACGACGACAGGAAGCACGAGAUCGAAGCUGCUAUUGUUCGCAUCAUGAAAUCUAGAAAGAAGAUGCAGCACAACGUCCUAGUAGCAGAGGUCACUCAGCAGUUACGAGCACGAUUCCUUCCUAGUCCCGUUGUCAUCAAGAAACGCAUUGAAGGACUCAUUGAGAGGGAAUAUUUGGCGAGAACACCAGAGGACCGCAAAGUGUACACUUACGUAGCGUAAAACAAGUGAAUUCAGUGAAAGCUAGCUGAGAGAAACCCGGAGGGCCUUGUUUUUUCUGUGUGCGGACUUGCAAUUGUAUUUGAAUGAACUUGGAAGUGCUUCAUCAUUGAUACUGGGAAACACUGGGAAGCUUCACUUUUCUUCCAUAAAAAUGUGUUUUAAAAAAUGAAAACCAUGCAACAGAUGGCGGAGUUUUCUAGCAUUAUUAGAUUUCUUCUGCCGAAAGAAGCGAGAAAAUGGGAUCUAGUUUUGUAUAAAAUUCAUGUUUUCCGUGGCCUUUGGAGAAAACUGGGCGAAUCCGUUUGCCGAUUCCCUUCAAGCUAUCGAGAACGAGCGUAAGCGUGUCUCCAGGUGGGCGUGGCUACACAGAGACCAAGAAAACAUUUAAGCUCACCCCCCCGCCACACCCCCCCCCCCCCCCCCCCCCACUCCCAGUUUUAAAUGUUGAUGUCAAUGUAUCAUGUUUGUAUUUGUGGCACAAUAAUGGCUGUACAGGUUGACAGACCGUCUGGGCUUUUUUCCUGACAGGAUGCUUAAAUUUAAAGGUUUCCGCCGGAGCGGACGUGUGAGCUGGUACAGACCUGGUGCACAGCGGCGGCCAAAUCAGUCUCCAGCACCUGAGAACACGAGUGCUUCAUUUAUGUUGCAGUUGUGUCUUUUCUCUUGGGUUGUUUUAUGUCCGAUAUAGAAUAAAUGCACCUCACACAGCUGAAAUAUUUAAUGAUAUUUUGUUUGGGGGGGGGGGGGGGGGGACUGACGAGGUCUGUACCAGCGGUUAAAGAGUUUAAAGGUGAGACACACGUGAAACUGCAAUGUAGGCUGUCUGGUCUGUCACAACACAUUUUUCACUUAGGGCCUGCUGUAUGAUUGGCCAAAACUUGAUCUCCUCUCUUUGAACAGAAGGAUCCUUGUGGUGCAGGUUUCAAAGAGGAAUUUUCUUUUAAGUUUUGUUUUUUAUUUUAUUUUUUCCAUUCUCGACUGCAUUUUGAACAGGUAAAACCAGUCCGGCGCCGUGUUCUAAUGUGUACAAAUUGUAAAAUAAUUAUUGUACUCACUGCGAAGGUGGAUUGUACAGGGCCUUGUUUUCAUCAUAUUAAAUGUAGAAU